AUUUCAGAUGGCUUCUCAACCGGAGCUCAUAAUGGUUGACGAGCAAGUCGUCGCUUAUGAAGUAGAAAUUGAUAGUUUUGAUGUAAAAUAUGAUGAAGAGGAACAUGAUGGUCAAGGGACACAAGAUGAACCAUUUUCUCAUGAUGAGCCAAGCACCAGCGGUUAUCACCAUCACUACCAAUUUCCCAAUGACGUGGAUCCAAAUGAUGUUUAUUUAUUCGAUGAGGAAACUGAUCAAAUUCAUCAGCUCGACCCGAAUCAACUCAAAAAUAAUGAAGAAAUUGACGAUGUCGAAUAUAUUGAUCAAUCUGUGCCUUCCACGUCAUCAAUGAUGACGUCACUGCCGUCAACGGUGGCUCCAGUUCAGCCAAAUACGUAUUACAGACGGAAAUCUGGAGGCCCAACUGCAACUGGAAAUGAAAAACCGAAUUAUAGGCCGUUGGCGUUCCAAACGACAUAUGUGAAUUCUGUGACCCAAUAUGGCCGCCGAGUAGUGACAAAACGAAUUCACGAGUCAAUUGAUCCAACAUCAAAUUCAAUUAAUGAAGAAUCGGAAAUUCUGCAAAAAAUUCAAAUGGAAAUUGAAAUUUUGACGAAAGAGAAUGAUUUGUUGAAAAAGGAUUAUGAGGCAGUCACAAAACGAGUUGAUUCAGUGAAUAUGGUAUUUAAUGAGGCAAAAGCACGUCAGAAAAUGGCAAUGGAAGAGAAACGGCAAUUACAGAGAGAUUUGACUAGAGCAAAAUGUGAACGAACGAAACUAUCGAAGCAACUGGGACAUACACAGCAUCGUUAUCAAUAUCAAUGAUUCUGAUUUUGGAUUUAAUUUCGAUUUUUUUCUUUUUCUUUCAAAAACUGCUAAUUUUUUUUCCAUUUGAUCUCAAAUUAUCAUAUCCAUCUAAUCAUUUCUAUGGGUUAUUUUGUUAAUUUUCUCAUCGUUUUCUUGAAGUUUCUGUUUAUUAACAAAAUGUUUUCUAAAAUCUUUUUUAUAUAAUUUGUUUUGAAAAUUUACCAGUUUCCUUGAACUGUAAUUAUUUCUUAUUUUGUGAAAAUUGGUUUUUUUUAAAGAUUUUAUAAAAACUGCCCAAA